UUCUUCUUUUCAAUCAAUUUUUAAAGAUGUCAAAGGAGCAUUGUAUUGAAGAGCUUUAUAAUUGUGGUUAUGAAGUUGAGAUUAAUACAGAUUGGAGCGACUUCGAUCCAAGGCGUGAAUUUGUUGCUUGCCCUUUCUACUUGGUUGACGGAUUAGGAUGCACAUACUUUAGAUGGAUUGCUCCGGAGGGUACAAAAUGGCAGAAAGAUUUAAUAAUACGGCUUGAAAAGGAAAAAAAAGAGCUUAAAGAUGAUGUACUUAAUCUAAAGAGACAAAUGGAUGAUAUGGCACAUAGGAAAGAAGAGACUGAAAGGAUUAUGAGAAAGUUUAAGAAGCCUUCUUAGUUAGCGACAGUAGUUUAGCUUAACGAAUGAAGUAUGUAAUUUGAUAUAGAUUUGUUGAACAUGAUUGAAAUUGUGUUGAAUGUUCGACAGCA